GUUUUAUUCCUAAUUUGUGACAAAAUAUUCAGUAAAAUAUAAAGAAUUUCAAACACUCUUUAUGUUCAUUGAGAUUAGAAUGAGUACAUAACAAGCCUAGCGCCUGGCUAGUGAAAUAUGUAUAAUUAUAUAGUCGGCACUACAUACAGCGGUUUAAUUAAUUAAAUGCUCCUAUCUUGGUUUAAAAACUCACGUUUCUUGGAAACCAGUUUAGGUGCGUGGCGUGUGGGGUAAAAAGAAAAUAAGAAAUUGACUUUGGAAAUGCGAGUUUUAAAAAGUGCGUUUUUUUGUCACCUGGUCUAACUCAGAUUAAAAAAAAAAACUGUAUCCGACACUGGAUUUCACAGCAACCACAGUUGUUAACUCGACCUCUGCUAUCCUCACAGUUUGAAUAGAAUCAAUUGACCUCUAAGAUUUGUAGUGUGGUUCUAACCGUUCCCAAAAGGGUUAAUGCAGGACUCAACAGCUCGCAGUCGCACGGUGUCAGCACUCAGCACCAGGCAGAGCCGAGCCCGCCACGCCUGUAGGCGGACCAGCGCUGCCGUAGCCAGCAUCAUCGCAUCAGACCCUGGGCACAGACAACAACAGUGACAGAUCGGAGCCGCAUAACUGUUUGCAUCCAGCUAUGGGGGCAGUCUGAGUGGUGGAUUCAGUAGCGCACCACAGUUUACCUCCAAGUUCAAUCCUCAUGAAGGAGCUCCGUCCUGGCUGAGUUUGGGAGAUGGGAGUCCUCAACAUUGCAGACCAGCCUCCUCUGGUCCAGGCUAUCUUCAGUCGUAAUGCUGAAGAAGUUCAACUGUUAUUGCACAAAACGGAGGAUGUCAAUGCACUGGACCAAGAGCGACGCACACCACUUCAUGCUGCAGCCUGUGUGGGUGAUGUCCAUAUAAUAGACCUCCUCAUUGAAUCGGGUGCCAGUGUAAACGUUAAAGACCAAGUGUGGUUGACCCCUUUGCACAGGGCAGCUGCUUCCAGGAAUGAAAGGGCAGUGAGUCUGCUGCUGAGGCGCGGCGCUGAGGCAAAUGCACGGGACAAAUUCUGGCAGACGCCGCUGCACGUUGCGUCUGCCAACCGUGCCACCCGCUGUGCAGAGGCCCUCCUCUCUCAUCUGAGCAACUUGAACAUAGCAGACCGCACCGGCCGAACUGCCUUGCACCAUGCAGCUCAGAGUGGGUUCCAGGAGAUGGUGAAGCUGCUGCUGAACAAAGGGGCGAAUUUGAGUGCCAUUGAUAAGAAAGAAAGACAGCCUAUUCAUUGUGCUGCUUAUUUGGGGCAUUUGGAGGUGGUGAAGCUGCUGUUAUCUCGCAGCAAUGACAAAAGCUGCAAGGAUAAGCUGGGCUACACCCCUCUCCAUGCUGCUGCUGCAAGUGGUCACAUCGAAAUUGUAAAAUACCUGCUGAGGAUGGGAGCAGAGAUUGACGAGCCGAACACAUUUGGAAACACUGCGCUCCACAUGGCCUGCUACAUGGGGCAGGAAGCUGUGGCUACAGAGCUGGUGAACCAUGGAGCCAACGUCAACCAGCCCAACAAGUGUGGUUACACCCCUUUGCAUCUGGCUGCUGUCUCCACCAAUGGCGCCCUUUGUCUCGAGUUGCUGGUCAACAAUGGGGCCGAUGUCAACCAGCAGAGCAAAGAAGGAAAGAGCCCCCUUCACAUGGCAGCCAUUCAUGGACGCUUCACACGCUCUCAAAUCCUCAUUCAAAAUGGUGGGGAUAUCGAUUGUGUGGAUAAGUAUGGCAAUACUCCUCUCCACGUUGCUGCUAAGUAUGGCCAUGAACUGCUGAUCAGCACUCUGAUGACCAACGGAGCAGACACAGCCAGACGUGGGAUCCAUGGAAUGUUCCCUUUGCACUUAGCUGUGCUGUACGGGUUUUCAGACUGUUGUCGCAAGCUACUCUCCUCAGGUCAGCUGUAUAGUAUUGUUUCAUCUAUGAGUAAAGAGCACGUACUAUCAGCUGGGUUUGAAAUAAACACCCCUGACAACUUUGGGAGGACCUGUCUACACGCUGCUGCCUCUGGAGGAAAUGUUGAAUGUCUGAACUUGCUCUUAAGUAGCGGUGCCGACUUGAAUAAGCGGGACAUAAUGGGAAGGACACCGUUGCACUAUGCGGCUGCUAAUGGGAGGUACCAGUGCACGGUGACCCUGGUUAGCGCUGGCGCUGAGGUCAAUGAAUCGGACCAGACGGGCUGUACUCCCCUGCACUACUCUGCUGCCUCCCAAGCCUUCGGCAGAGUUGAACGUCAUUUUUCCGGAAACCAUCAAAAAGAGGAGGAGGAAGAAAAAGGGUCUUACUUCUGCUUGGAGCAUCUCUUGGACAGUGGUGCUGAUCCAUCAAUGGUCAAUUCAAAAGGUUAUAGUGCUGUUCACUAUGCAGCUUACCAUGGCAACAAGCAGAACCUGGAGCUGCUUUUGGAAAUGUCCUUCAAUGCACUUGGAGACAUUGAGAGCAGCAUUCCUGUCAGCCCCUUGCAUCUUGCUGCUGAUAAUGGCCACUGGCAGGCUCUGCGGCUGCUCACAGAGACUGCAGCCUACGUUGACAUGCAGGACGCUGCUGGCCGCUCCGUUCUCUACCUGGCUGCCCAGAAAGGCCACGUACGUUGUGUGGAGGUGCUCCUGGCUCAGGGCGCCUCCUGUUUCCUCAAUGACAACCGCCUCAUGUGGACUCCAAUUCACGUUGCAGCUGCUAAUGGUCACUCGGACUGCCUACGCAUGAUGAUUGAUUAUGGAGAGGAGGGGGAUCUCACCAAUGUGGCAGAUAAAUUUGGCCAGACCCCUUUAAUGCUGGCUGUUCUUGGAGGUCACACUGACUGCGUUCGCUUCCUGCUGGAGAGGGCAUCUUCACCAGAUGCUCAGGACAAGAGGGGCAGCACAGCUUUGCACAGAGCGGCCGUGUUGGGCCACGAUGAUUGUGUGACAGCCCUGCUGAAGCACAAAGCUUCUCCGUUAUGUCGGGACAUCCAGGGUAGGACACCUCUGCACUAUGCUGCCUCCAGAGGCCAAACAGAGAUAUUGUCGAGUCUGAUGCAGGCUGCCGUGGCGGCAGAUCCACAGGAUCAAUUGCUGGACAACAAACAAUACACCCCCCUACACUGGGCUGCUUAUAAAGGGCACGAAGACUGUUUGGAGGUUUUACUUGAACUUAAAACAUUUAUCCAUGAAGAGGGAAAUCCAUUCACCCCCCUGCACUGUGCUCUGAUGAAUGGCCAUUGCAGUGCUGCAGAGAGGCUGCUGGAAUCUGCCAGAGUCCACGUGAUAAACUGUAGAGACGCCAAAGGAAGGUCCCCGCUGCAUGCUGCUGCCUUUGCAGAAGAUGUUGCAGGACUUCAGCUGGUGCUUCGUCAUGGAGCAGAGAUCAAUGCAGUGGACAACAGUGGGCGCUCAGCUCUGAUGGUAGCUGCUGACAAAGGACACAGCGGCACUGUGGCCAUCCUUCUUCAUCGCGCCAAGGCUGACCUGACACUACUGGAUGAGAACAAAAACACUGCCCUGCACUUGGCUUGCAGCAAGGCCCAUGAGAUGUGUGCGUUGCUGAUUCUGGGAGAGAUUCACAGUCCCACUCUUAUAAAUGCCACCAACAGUGCUCUGCAAAUGCCCCUCCAUCUUGCAGCGCGUAAUGGCUUGGCUACGGUGGUGCAGGCGUUGCUCAGUAGAGGAGCCACGGUUCUGGCUGUGGAUGAGGAAGGCCACACGCCGGCCCUGGCCUGUGCGCCCAACAAGGAUGUGGCUGACUGCCUGGCCCUGAUCCUUUCUACCAUGAAGCCUUUCUCGCAGCGGGACCCUUCCUCCUGCUCUUGCUCCUCCCCCACCGUCUCUUCCUCGCCGGGUCUCAACUUGCUGAAGCACUGCGGCAUUACCGCCGCCUGCUCCCCCCUGCCCAGCAACGGCCUCCACAACGGUUACGUCAAAGACCACCAUGGUACACCGGUCGGCCUGGAUGGGUGUCUGUCUGAGUGAGGUUCCCCUGACCGCCGCCAGCCAGCUUUUAUCGUCGCCAACAGGGGGCGACAACUUUCAACAUGUUCCAGAGGACCAGGGCAGCACCCAGCCACACAUCUGUUUCCUCUGUAUGUACGUGUUUGUGCAUCCGUGUGUGUGUGAGCGUUCGGUCUUCUCUUGAGGUGCAGUCAAACCUAAUAUGCAAUUAGAUCCCUUUCCUCCAUCUCCUAGUAGUGCUUAAUAUAUCCAGGCAAAUUGCUCUACAAGGUCACUCAGAUUGGACGAGGCAUUUGAAGAAAAUACUUAACAAUCCGGCCGCCUCUAAACCAUGUAACCCUUUAAAAACCAUGCCGACACACUUUAUAUAACCAAAAUCCAAUAGCAUGAAGGUGUCUGUUUCAACCGUCUUCAUAUCAUUCAGCAGAAGAGUCAUAUCAUGUUUAUAGUCAGUAGUGGUGACCUUGUAGAGGAACGUGCUGCCUUCCCAAAAAGAAUGAUCAAAGAUGUUUGUGUUUAUUUUCUUUUUUUUCUUUUUUCAUGUGUGUAUGAAGGAACCACACAAGGGAAAAUCUAAACUUUUGCGGUAGAGUGCAAUGCUUGUUGUGGUACAGGACAAGCAGUCUGAAAUUUGGAAAAAAGCAUCUCAAAGUUGUUCAUUUAAUAAUGUUCUUUCAAAGAUGCAGCUUAGAAUUGUUUGGCAUUUUAGGAUCAUUUGGAAACGCUGCUCAUAUAUAUAUAAUAGUUUUUUUGUUUUGUUUUUUGUUUCACAUUUCUUCUCUAGAAAAGAAAACCACAUUAGGGUCAGCACUGUAACAUCUUUUAAUGCUGACCUAAUUUUUUUUGUUUUACUCUUUAAGAUGCUUAAUGAGUGUUUAGAAUGUUUCUAAGCAUAUAAGUUAUGACCAAAGUUGAUCAACACUACUAUGGCUAUAAAUUAUUUAUUUGAGAUGAACUGUACUGUGUAAAGAGAGACAAUAGAUCUUGAAAUACCUCGUCAACAUGUUUAGCAGCUGCUUCAUCUUCACCCAGGGUCCGUAGGUUAAUGUUCUCUUUUUGUAGAGGAGAGCACCUGUAGGAUAGCGACUGACUGAGGCCUUGUUUUAUUUCUAGAUGAAGGCUUUACUAGUAAUAUCUGCCAACAACACCUCAUCCAAACGUCAUAUAUCUGAGCACAUAAAAGAACAAGCCAUUUCAAUUUAUUUCCCAUGUUUUUAACAGUGUUUCUUUCUUUUGGGGAAAAAAAAAGUUUUCUGAUCUUAAAUGGCCUGAUUAUUUAAAGAGAGCGAUCCGUUUUUUUUUUUUUUGGUCUAUUUUUUAUUUUUUAUUUUUUUUAUUAGGCACCAAUGACGUGUUUGCAUUUUUGAAGUUUAUCUGACUAUUCUGAUUUUAGGCUCGCACUAAUGGAGUAUUUUUGGGAGCUGGCUUAGUCUUAACUGAAUUGUUUGUACUGCAGCUACUCGGCGGUGAGCUUAGGUCAGUUUGAACAUUUAUCGUUGUCUGCCAUUUUCAUCGGACAGUUUUCAAGCAAUACUUUCAGUUGGCCUUUUGGGUUUUUAUUUUUUAAAGUGUUAUUGAAAAGACAAUCACUGUCACAAGGGCUUUUGUUUCCCUGGAAUGUGUUUGGUCCCCCCCCUUAUUGUUUCAUGAAAAAUUAACCUGAAAUUGACUCUAACGGCUCUCUGCGUGCCAGGCAUUUUCUGUCAGUGUCGACACGAACACACUGAACCGCCUUGAUGGCACCUAAUGAAAUGCCUUUUGACCCAUGCCUUCUUUUAAAGCAUCAUUUCUGUUAAUGUUUGAUAGCAAGGGAUGACGAGCCCUGACACGGAUUUAUUUUUAUUUUGUUGCCCCCUAUUUAAUAGUUAGUAAUGUUGCACCACCGUUUGGAGUUAUGGGAGGGAUGAUUGUUUUGGUUUAUUAGGGAAUUGAUAUUCCUAAUAUAAUUAAAUAGGGCUAAGAGGACAAGGAGAGGGAACAUUGUUUAGGCUAAUACCCAAUUCAUUUUUUUCCCCCUCUUUAAUUUCUGGAAAAGCAUAAAUCUAAAUAUUAAUUUUUCUUACUGUUUGUUGUCAUAUUGACUCAUUUCCUUGUUCUGAGCAUACUGAAGAUGAUUGUAUUGGACCACUAGAGCUGUUUGUGACUUUUACAUGUUAUAUCUAGGCUGUUUAAUUGAGUCUUUCUUUCCUUUUUAACUUGAUGGUGGCAUCACGCUGAGUCAGAUUUUCAUUUGGGUUAGAUCUUCAUGCCCUCGGGGCAAUGAAGCGGCACAAAUGUACACAUCAGUUGACUUGAUGGCGGUUGAGGACCUAGGCGAGGCUGUUUUGCUAAAUACUCCUACAAAAAAAGAAAUGAGGCUUUCACUUGAUUAUGUUUGCGUGUUUGUUUUUUCAAACUGAUUAUAAUCUCCUUGAGUUUGUGACGUAAAUGUCAACUGGGCGUUUAAUUUGAACUUGGCGAUUAAGUGAAAUGAAAUGGAACUAAUUGGUAAGCUUAAACCUUGGUUAACUUAAUUAACUUUCACUAGAAGAAUAGUUGUAUAAAUAGCGGGGACUGGAACAUACCUGUUUUGUAAUCUCAGGAUCUGCACAAAAGCAGCAGGGAGAAUUUAAUAAUCCACUCAGAUCCCUGCAUCAUGAUUACGUCAACGGUUUGAUUUUUGUUUUUGAAGGAACUUUCUAUCAUUUCAAUCUUUGAACUCUGAUUCCACAGCACUUAAUUAGAUAGUCAAGCAGGCACUUUAGUACAUUCAGGUUCUAAGUGUGCAAAAUAUAGCAUAUUAAAUGUAUGUGCUUGUGUUUACAUGCAUGAGUGUUGCUGCGGCAUUCAGGAGGGCAAGAGUUGCAAAAUAGAAGAAAAAGCUGCAACAGAGUUGUACUCCAGUAGUGCGUUUGGAAAAAAAAGUGUUUGUGUUGUUUUGUUUCUGGGCAAGCAUCCCAAAAAGUGGCAAAGGUUUGGCUUUUGAGCCACUUGUUAAUUUGGAUUUGGCCUGAAUUUCAUCGUUGGUUUAGAAAUAAAUAGAAGACACCAGAAAGGCUCUAAUAACUAAUGUUUGAUAGUUUUCCUGCCAUCUGUUAGGUGCUGUUCAACAAACCUGUUUAGACAGAUUUUCAUAUGAUAUCCUUAUUUGUUCAGGAAAUUGAGCCGUUUGCCCUCUUGAUUUUACUGAAUCUUGUUAGUAUUCCUUUAAACCCUCUUUUUCGUUUUGUCUUUGAAUGCACCACUGCUCGUGCAUUGAGCUGGAGUUCCAGCAGUGAUGCAACUACUGUUAAAACAAGUGGAGUAUACAUGGAGUGCGUCUGGAGUCGAGCAAUGAAAAGGUCUAAUUGUAGCAAUAUCGUGUGUGUGUAUAAAAGUGUGCAGCACAAAAAUUGCACUGCCAUUCACUUAGGCCAAUUCAGUAAAUCAUAGCAGAAAUGCCAAUGGAAGAUUCUAAGUGCGGGUUUUAAAUGUCAUAAACUUUGGUCACAAUUGAGGCCUGUUUGCCAAAAUGUCUCGAGGGAGGAAACUCUCUUUUAGGAAAGCAGCAAUGGAUUUAUGCAUAUGUUCAAGCAGUUUACAGUCUGACCAUCAAAUCUGAGCCAUGAAUUCUGACUGAAAUGAAUGUACGGUCAGUUUAGAGCAGAACAGUUGGCUUUCUCCCGAUCUGAAGCUGUUGCUCUUGAUUUGUCUUGAAAAGGAUAGGAUUAUUAAGGUAGCAUGUAGUACUUAUUAUAAAGUAUGUGUAGUAGUCUUCCUGCAUUGAAGAUCUAAAUGUUUGUUUUUUUUCUUCCCCCUCUUUUUCUGGCAUUAUGUAGACCUGCUGUCAAGAAGGAUCACUACUUUCUUUCUUUAUUCACCGACUUUUGUAAAGCUAAGCCUAAAAGGCAGAGGAGAAAAAAAAUCUGAUGAAUUUCACGUCCACGCUCAUCCAUUCCAAUUGUGAUUGCCUUACAGUACGGAAACACUAGAGGGACAGAAAGGUCUACAAUAGAUAUGAUCACACAUACAAGUAAACAGCCUAUAUUUGACGAGAUGCACCUAAGCUACACCCAUUUAGUGCCAUAGAAACCUUGAUUUGCCUUUAGACGUGAAUCAUAUUUAUUAGGUCAUCCACACAUUUAGAUGUAGGCAGGUUUAUUACAGGUCUGGAGUUGCAUGUCUUCACCAAUUUGUGUCAAACGUAAACUUAUAUGGACGACUGCAUGGAAUAUACUAGUACUCAAAUCGAAGUGUUCUGUUGUACUGUAGAUGUUUAUUUUCCAAACAAUUGGGCAUUUUUGAAGGAAAAUAGUGUUUGUAGUCCCUUUUUGUAUUGGCAAAGCAAUCUGUUGGUUGGUUUAUAAUGUAUGCAUUACAAAGGAGGAAAAAAAAAGGAUUUGCUGUCCUAAAAAAGCAUGCUAUAUAUACACAUACAUACACAAUAGGAUUGAUUUGCCUCAAUAGAUGUCUUGAUUCUUACUUGAAAUAAAUGGCGAAUUUCAAUUUCAACUCUGAUCUACUGUUGAGCCUUUUGCCUUAAACGCCGAAAUAAAAAAUGACACCCUGAGAGCACCUGAUAGGUAACAUCAGCUGUAGUUAUGCUACUUGCUUUGAUUGCUUAAAAAAAUUGGCUAUGUUAGAUCUUUCGGACAUUUUUUUUAGGUGUCGAGAAGCACACAAAUCCAGUGAGGUAGCACAUAACUCCUAAGAUUGCCACGGUGAAGAGAUUGCUCUGAAAAGUUGGGAUAUUGCCAUAUUUUUUUCCACUGUGAAUGAAUGAAUUGAGAAUUCACUCUUAAACAAUCAACUAUGGCUUCUCUGUGGUCCAGAGUCAAACGAUACUGGGAAUUUAAAGCGGUGUACCUCAAGGAGAUCUUUGGACAGGAAGGAUGCUUGUACAGCUAUGCCAACAAAGACUUUAAAAAGAAGAAACCAAUAAAAAAAAAUCUUGUGAUCCAUCUUGUGGAUAGUGUAAUACUGCUUAAACCAGCCUAAAUCAGAUGUUUAUUAGUGUUGAAAGAUGUCUCACGUUUCCUACCUUACAUGGGGGCAGUCGGCUGCACCUUGUACUUUUUCUUGGACCUGCGGUUAUACCUCAUUAGUGAACUUUUGUGUGACGAUGUUUGAUCCUAAGUGAAAGGUUCUUGUGUUUAACAAUGCCAGUCAUGUACGUUACUCCUCCUUUUAGCAUUUGUGUGUCUGAGUGGGACUUUUCAACAUGUGCAUGUCAUUUCACACCACUCAACACCCUACAGUCAGCCGAUAUAGUCUCUGGUGAAAGGCAGACACAGCAGAGAAAAUUCAUUGGCAAUCGAAGGUAGCUAAUAAAAAAAAUUACCUCCUGUAAGUUAAAAAAAAAAAGUAUUUUACUAUACCUGAAUACUUGGUUAUCAAUUCCCCCCCCCCGUACCAACAUGACCUGUGUAAUAUCAAGCACAGUGGUGGUUUGGUGCCUUUUAUUUAUUACUACCGAAAGGUACGGUCUUCCAUUUGUAUGUCCCAAAAAGCCUUAUCUUGAUGAUUUGAAAAAAAAGACGCUAUGGGUUCAAACUCCCUCUGAGCAUUGUUAAUUCAAAUUCCAUGUGAUCUGAGCAAAAAAAAAAAAAAGCUACGUUUGCAUCCGUCUUUGCUUUUAUCGUGUAUUUCCGGUGUCUCUGCGCCCCCUUUAGGGUGCCAGAAGGAACUACACCUCACUGACGGGAUCUUUGGGGCACAUUAACAGUGAACGAAUGGGGAUCUGGAGUUUGAAAGCACAAAUCUAAAGCAGCUGGCACCUUGGGACUAUCUGAAGCAAAUGAUAAAGGAGAAAAGAAAAACAGACCAAAACGGAGCAAAGAUGGGAAGAAAACGUGUCACUUCUUGGUGCAAACACUGAGGCUUGAAUUGUCACUGCAGAGAGACCAUUGUCUGGAAUUCUAGCGUCGCUUCUGAUUGUUUUUAACUCUCGGGUGGCGCCACACUGCGUACCAAGUUCCAAAAUGAGGCGGUACUUCCGUUGAUUAUCAAAUUUCGGGAACUUUUUGUUGUGGCUGUGGUGGAUAAAAAAAAAAGAUUGUGGAAAUUGUUUGUUUUUACGUAGAUUAGACUGACUACAAGUAGGAUUGCAGUAGUAGCUGUGUGCAGUGUUAACAGUGUGACCAUUAUAUAGAAUAAAGUAAUAUUUGUUGUCUUACCACAUUAAGGCAUCCUCUUUGUCAAGUUGACGUCGUUUGAACUAGAUUACAAGUGCAAUAACGCUUUUUUGUUUCUCAUCGCUUCCUCAGUGGAAUACCUAUUAUUAUUCAAAAUGACCUUUCUCAACACCAAAAGUCACUCAUCUGUAGCAAGUGCAGAAGCGGAAGCGAUCCUCACGUUUGCAUUCAGACAGGUGGCGCUAAUUACUUUUUUUUUCUGUGUGUGUGUGUGAUAGUCUGUUUAGAAAACUGUGAUUGAACUUUAAUAGCUGCCUGCAUAGACACGAGACCGUGCACAAGCUGACGGGUUGGAGUAGGUGCUUUAUUUUUUUGAGAGUGGACUUUAAAGAUGUAGUCUGAAUUUUGGUUUUCUAGCUAGUUCCUUUGCAUGUGUAGUUGUGUAUAUGCAUUCUCUCUUAAAAUGAAAUGUUUUUCUCAAGAAUAUUUAGACCUGCUGUCAGUAAUAUGAGGAAUACAGGAAAAAGAAAAUGCCUUAUAUUGUUUUCCAUGUUGAGCAUUAGGGGUUUCUUUUUUUUUCCGUGGCCCUCCCUUUUUCAGUGUGUAGCCUAAAGCUUGUACAGUUAAGAGACUCAUGAGAUUUAUAACUGCUGUAUAGCCUGUGUGUUUUCAGAAUUUGUAACCUGGAGGCCCUGUGAUUGUGAUUUUAGAAAAACAAAACAAAAAAAACACCAACAUUCCCCUCGAAAGUGCCGUUUGUUUUCACCAGCAGAAGAUGUUUUAUCGGGGAGCGCGCGCUUGGGGGUGGGAAUGCAUUCACGUUAAGGAAAUCAAAAUGUGCGAGACACUUGGCAGUGUUUACCGUUGAACCGAAUCACUUUUCAAGUAUUCGUGGAGCUGAAAUGAGGCGGCAGUUUGUGACGGUGCACCUUACUGACGUGCUCCUCCUUUGAGUCCAUCGUGGGCGUAGUCUCUCACUGAGAAUUCAUGACUUUAAAGCAGAGCCAUAUCGGAGAAUUUGCUAGUUGAAGCCCCCAUGAAUGUGCUAUUAGUAAUAGCCUCCUAUAGAAACGGAUGUAAAGUUCAUGUUCUGUGACAUUUUUGGAAGUUUAACCCUUUCAUGUCCUUAUUUAUUUCAUUAUCAUUUCUUUUGGCCUGCUUCGCUGAUGUCACCCCGUUUUGCGCUUGAAGCAGACAUAGAUCUGCUGCUGAGACACCCUAAAUUCAUUGACACAGGGGGGGAAGAAAAGGGAUAAUAAUGAAUCUUCUGUUUAAGUUGAAUGAUAAGAGCUUCUAUCAUGAGUUGGGGGGGGCUCCAAAUCAGGGCAUGUGAUGAGAAACAAUCAAAAAAGUAAAAAAAAAAAAGUCACACUGCACCUUUUGUAAAAUAAGGCAGGGAAGUAAAAAUAAAAAAAUGUUGGCUCGUCCACUCAACAUUCCAAAGUCGAUUUCAUUUUCCACAGUCCUGUCCCUCUGUUUGAGGAAUAUGUUGCUUUGCUGGUGAAUGAAGUGUGUCAAUGACAGGGUUCCCUAUUUAACCUAACGCCGAUUACCUCAUUUACAAGUCUGCAAAUGUACUAUUCUACUGUGUUUGUAAAGGAGUCAAUGCCAUCACCAGCAGCGCGGUUGAAAGACCUGUGAUCACAACAGGACCAAUGACGUUAGAACUAUACAAACAUGACCAUUCGAAGAAUACAUGGUUUAAGGCCCGACGGGCCUCAAAGACUUCUUCAGUUUAGAAACCACCACAGCUUGCUGUUCCAGUCUGCAAUGAUGGCCACCAAGGUUGGCAAAUUUUGGAGAUUGCAACCUAUUAGCAAUUGUUGCUUUCUUUCCGGAACAAAGUGGCAUAAACUAGGACUGGAAUAGCAACUGUUUGCACUAGCAUGGUUCAGAAGAGACCUGGUGGAUCACACGGUUAUCUACGACAUCUUAUCAUAACUUGCUGUUUUUAGUAGCAUUUCUCCUACCUCUUUGUUUUUGCAGCCUUGAGUAUUGUUUCACCACAUGAUCAGAUAUUUUCUUUCUUUCUCCAAAGUCUGUUCACAGUGCAGGAAAAACAGAUAUAUCAGUAGGAAUUGUAGUAAUACAAAAAGUGUACUUGGUUGUGCUAUAUGUGUAUCUGUCCAUGUGGCGUUUAAAAAAAAAAAUAUUUGAGAAGCAUUUAUAUAACUAAAUACCACUGGAAUGUCAAGCCAGAUAAUGUUUUGAUGCAGGUUAUGGUAGUCUCCCCUUUAACAUUCAGUGGUGGGUGGUCAGAGAAACCAUCACUUGGAAAUUCAAAGAACCACACACUGGCUUUUUUUUUUUAAAUUUUGUUUUAAUUUAUAUCCUCUGUUUAUUGGUUUCACUUGUGCAUAUAUUUUUCUGUUAAGCCCUAUAGUAUCAAAUGAUCCCAACGUUUACGGCUACAUGUUGGGCAGCCAGUGAUCGCUCUGCAGUUGUAAUGUCACACGUUUUCACGAGGAAGAGAGUCAAAGUGGCGUUUGUAUCGAGGGUGAGUUUGAGCCGUUUGCCUUUAAAUCCAUUUUCAUCCACUCGGAACCAAAUUCUAGCUACGCAGGCGUCUGUCUUCACACUGCCUAGACAUUUCAUGUUGCGUUUUUGAAAACAAAGGGGUACAGGACAAGGGGGCAGGUUUGAGGUUUCCUGAGCAGGGCCCCUCCCGUUCAACCUUCACCCCAUCUCAAAGACAGAAUGGAACCCCCCCCGCUCCUCGUCACCCACCCGUCGUCUCACCCAAACCUCAAGCCAUUCAUGUUUCAGUUUUGUUUUUUUCAACAAUGCAAUCCUGAAAGCACUUUGCCUUGUUAUUCCUUUGUGUGAACAUGUGAAUGAUGAUUUGUUACAGAAUUGUUAAAUAUGUAAAAGAUCAUUCACUGUUUUGGAAAAACCUACAUCUGUCUUUCUGACAUUAAAAGAAAAAAAAACAAUUUAGUGACAUUAAACCUGAAUCUAUUUUAUAAAAUGUUUGCUGCAGCCAAUUGGUGUUGUCAUUCAGUAUUGUGGCUUAGGGUUGUUUGUGUUCAAUAAAGUGCUAUUGCUAAAUA